AUCUCCUGUCCGUGACGUCGACAAAGAGCACGAGCACGACGAGCACGACGACGAGCAAGCCGGAGUUUAGUAGUAUAUGGUCGACUACGCGCCCUCGCAUUAUCCCACCAAGCUCGCUGCGGAGGUCGAACCGGGGGCGAUCACACCCUCGCACGGCGGCAUAGUCGGUGGCCACGAGUUUGACCUUCCCAUCCAACAACCCUCCGUCGCAAACCGCGACGUCCUCCAACACUCCCCCGUCGCCGUCUCCCGCCAGCCCUCCCUCGCUCGUCAUCACCAGCAACAGCAGCAAGCGCUCCUCCAGCACCAUCAGCAACAGCAGCAGCAGCAGCAGCAACUGUACCGCCCCGAGCAGACGCCGCCGGUCAGCCCGCACCCGCUUCCGGUUCCUACCCCGCGCUCCUCGACCUCGCAGCGUCCACGACCGGCCUCGAUGCCCCCUCAGGCGUUCAACAACAGCUCGACAGGCGCAUCUUCGGAUCGCGAUCGUUCAAGCAGGAACCAUGUACAAGACGAGCGCGCUCAGAACGGCGGCAGCUCCAGGCAUCGCCCCGAUGGCUCCUCAAAGCCCCGCACGACGAAUCGCAUCCUUGGCGACUAUACCCUCACCAAGACGCUCGGUGCUGGGUCUAUGGGCAAGGUCAAGCUAGCCCACCAUAAUAUCACUGGCGAGAAGCUCGCCGUCAAGAUCCUACCACGCGUCAACCCCGCCGCCCCGAAUCCCAAUGCCCCCAACGCAGAGGCUGCGGCCAAGCAGGCCUCUAAAGAUGCUUCCAAGGAGACUCGAACGAUUCGGGAGGCCGCUCUUUCCCAACUGCUUUACCACCCUUACAUAUGCGGCAUGCGUGAGAUGAUCAUCCACCAGCACCACUACUACAUGGUGUCCGAGUAUGUGAGCGGUGGACAGAUGCUCGACUAUAUCAUCUCCCAUGGACGGCUGCGCGAACGGGUCGCUCGAAAAUUCGCGAGACAGAUAGGGAGUGCGCUUGAGUAUUGUCAUAGGAAUAAUGUCGUGCAUAGGGACCUCAAAAUCGAGAACAUCCUCAUCUCCCAGUCCGGCAACAUCAAAAUCAUCGACUUUGGUCUCUCCAACCUCUUCGACCCCAUCGCGCACCUCUCCACCUUCUGCGGCUCGCUCUACUUCGCCGCGCCCGAGCUCCUGAACGCGAAGGUGUACACGGGCCCGGAGGUCGAUGUGUGGAGUUUCGGCGUCGUGCUUUAUGUGUUGGUUUGUGGGAAGGUGCCGUUUGACGAUCAGAGCAUGCCGGCUCUGCAUGCGAAGAUCAAGAGAGGCCUGGUGGAGUAUCCGGUUUGGUUAAGUGCCGAGUGCAAACAUAUCCUCUCCCGAAUGCUCGUCACGAACCCGUCCGCCCGCGCCCAACUGACCGAAGUCCUCAAUCACCCCUGGAUGACCCGCGGCUUCAACGGGCCCCCCGAGGCGCACCUCCUCCGACGCGAACCCCUCCGCUCCGACGAGCUCGACCGACAGGUCAUCCGCGGCAUGGCAGGGUUCGAGUUCGGGACGGAAGAAGAGAUCGAACAUAAGUUGACGGAGAUAUUGGACUCGGAGGCCUAUAUACGCGCGGUGCAGUACUGGGAGCGGAAGAAGAACGGGAGGCAUUGGGGGGAGUCGCUCAGUAACUCCAGUCUGGCGAUCUCGUCGUAUGAUGGGGGAGGGAUCAGCGGUGGAUUGGGCGGAGCGGGGACGAAUGGGACGAGUCACCCGGAUCAUAGUGGGAGUAGGAUGAUGGUGGACGCCCCGCUCACGCCUUCGUCGCCGUCCGCGUCCGCGACGCAGAAGAAGAAGAAUAGGUUCUCCGGGUUCGAUUUUUAUCGCCGGAAACUGUUCUCGCCGUCUUCGUCGCCACCUUCCUCGCCGUUCGCGCAGAGCCCACACGCGAGCGCGAGUCACCUCUCCCACUCUUCGCUCUCGGAUAUGAGGGAACCGCCGGAUCCGACGAGGGGAUAUCAUCCGCUCGUGUCGAUGUAUUACCUCGCCAGGGAGAAGCUCGAGCGCGAUAGAGUGUACGGACCAGGACACUUCGCGUCCUCCCAGCUCUCUCUCAACCCCACCGUCCUCCCCACCACCAACGACGACUCUGCCACCGCCGUUGCCUCUUCCACCACCUCGCCCACACCCACUGUUACCGGAAAACCAAGCAUCCAGCUCACCGCGCCCUCCCCCGCGAAACAGACGGGUAAACCGGACUAUAGUAUGGCCCUCCCUAGACUUCCAGCGCCAGAAACGUCGCAUUAUUCGGGCAUGUCGUAUGAUCAGCCUUCGACGCUCGCGUCGCCGUCGCCCACCGCGAAUUCGUUCCAGCACGCGAACGCUCCACAGCCGAGGGCGCGCGAUGCGGGGUUGCCCGUUCCGGCAGGGAAUGGUGCGGGUGCGGGUGCGGGUGCGGGUGGGAUGGGCGCGCCGGGAGGAGGGCAGGGGCAGAAUGUGCCGAAGACGGCGAUGCCGAGGGCGCCGCCUGCGAGUACGCAUAGGAGGAGUCAUAGUCUGUCCCAGAGACCGACGGUGCCUACUAUCGCCAGGGGAUGGACGGGUAUGUUUGGUGGGGGUGGACAUGGUGGGCAACCAGCGGUGGCGAACGAGCAUGGGAAGUUGAUGAUGGACGGACAGGAGGUGCCGAGGACGGCGGGGCCGGAGCUGACGUCGUUCGCGGAGAAGAUGUUGCCGAGUCGGGAUGCGCCGGUGUUGAGUCAGGUGCAGGAGAGGGGGGAGAAGGAGGAGUUGGAACAGGCGGAGAUGGCUGAACCACAGCAGCCGAGAAGGAACUCGGAUUCGGCGACGACGAGGCCGGAUGUGACGAUCGUGCCCGCUUCGCCUUCGUCGCCUGUUGCACCACCACAGACGCCGAGUGCGGGAGCGACGCUGGUGAGGAAGUUUGGGAGCUUGCUCGUUGGGGGUGGGGGCGGCGGUGCGGGAGGCGGGAGUGUGAGGGAGGGUAAAGGGCAUCAUCAGCCUGGGAGGCGGACGAGCAUUCUGGGAGGGUUUGGGGCGGGAUCGCCCAGGCCUUCGACGGAGGUGGAGGGUGGGGCGGAGAGGAGGGAGGAGGCCAUGAGGGCUGGGGAGAAGGAGAGGACGAAUCUCGCGGAGACGCCGGUGACGACGAAUGGGACGGAGGCCCAGAACCUGAAUAUGAACGAGAAGCAUGCGCAAAUGGGCUCCGCCGUCCCCGUGGUGUCGGAGACGCCAGCGACGCCGGUCGAGAAGCUGAAGAAGGAGGCAGGAGAUAUCAGGAGAAGCUCGAGUAUGAGCACUAAUAAUAGCGGGACGGCGACGGGGCAUCUGCAGGCGACGGCGGGGCUGGGACAUAGUCAGACGAUAUCGGGCGGACAUACGCAUAGGAGGGCGGCGACGAUAUUGGACCCUGCGGCGAGGGCGACGAGGCACGAGAGGAGGAGCAGCACGGGGGCGUCGAUCUUGCCUGGGGGGACGAUGGGGAGACAUAGGAGACCGUCGACGGGGAAUGGGACGUUUAGCGGACGGGGGCCGGCGGGGAGGUUUGGGAGGACGGAUGAGGAGGAGCCGGGGGAUGAGGAUGAGGAUGAGAUGGAGGCGAAUGAGCAGGGGAGGAUGAAUGGGCAUGAUGAAGACGACAGGAGCGGGACGGAGAAGGACUUCAAGCCUGUGUUCUUGAAGGGAUUGUUCAGUGUGGCGACGACUUCCACGAAGCCACCGUCUGCGAUCAAGUCAGACAUACGGCGAGUAUUGGAUCGGAUGCAGGUCCAGUACCGCGAGACGAAGACGGGCUUCGAGUGCAUCCAUCUACCUUCCAUCGACAUCUCGUCCGUGCAGCCGGAUCCAAGUGCCACGCCUACAGUACGAGGACGCCAUCGCAAACAAGGCUCGGGCGGCUCGACCGAAUCCAGUCCAGCCAAGUCCGUCGUUCGCAAGGCGUCAAAGCUGUCGUUCGGGGUGGGAAGGAAGGAUAAGGACGGUGGCUCGCAGAGGGAGAAGGAGCUUCCCGGUCGACCAUCAGGUGGGACAACCUUCACACAGACGCCGAGUAGCGGCUCAUCGUCGUUCUUCAAUGUCUCGUCCACUACGCAUACAGUCACUGGCGACGAGCCAUCCCAGCAUCAGCAGAGAAGGGCAACUAUGGACGAUGCGGCGACGACGUCAACCGGUCUGCCGGACGAUAUCCCGCGGUCGCAGUCGCCGGCUGCGAUUAAGACUCUCCCGCCUAUACCACGCGAUAUGGCGUCGACUCCGACGCCGUCGUUGUUUAUGCCUACGGGCGAGGUGAACAGGGAGUUGUUCGAGCAUAUGGGUGAGAAUACCUUGUCCGUUAGGUUUGAAAUUAAUAUCGUCAAGGUCCCUUGGCUGCCAUUACACGGUAUCCAGUUCCGACGAGCAAGUGGUGACGGGUGGCAGUACCAAAUGCUGGCUCGUCGGGUACUCACCGAAUUGAAACUAUGACGAACGCUCCCUAUCUUCGCUUCCCCGUUUGUGCUCCCAAAUAUAAAUCUACAUUACCUUUUUAUUCUCCUCUUUGUCAAUCGUGCGUCUGCGUCUACGGUCUCUCAUUCCUUCCAUCUCGUCCUCUCCUGAUCUUUGUUUAUUCCCCUCUCUCUUCUGCCUACCCGUUACUGCGAUAUUAUAACUCGUCUCUUUCACUCUCACUCUCGUGCUCUCUGACGGCAACACAAACAACGUAUAGUACAUACCACCAACUCAGCUUAGGAUCCUGACUUACUAGUAUUCCCCUCUCUUUCUGUUCUUCGCUCUCUCUUUUCUUUCUUCUUUCUUCUCACUUCGUUUUCCUACACCCUCGUUCCACCUCUGUUUCUG